UGAUGAUGAAGAAGCUAAGAUGACAACACAUUUGAAAGUGCUGCCUAUUCGGAGUAAAAAAUACUACACAGUGAAGACACACUUUAAAAAAGAGUAUUGCUUUAUUAAUUCCAAAGACAAAAUGGCUUGAGAUUCGGAAUUCAGGGAAACAAGUGCCGAUUCCACGGUCUGGAAUUGGAAGCCUAUUUCGCAGUUGCCCUGCGUUGACUCCGUUUGUACCGUUUUAGGAGAUACACUGGAUGUAGCUGCAUUUCAGGAUGGACAAAUGACGAGGUGUAGGAUUUUCGAAUGACAGUUGUGAUAUAACGGCAAGCUAUCUAGGUAGCUGUUCUAUUUUUUGAUGCAAUAUAUGUAUUGUUCUCCAAAACGAUGAUGUGUGCUGCUGCAGCAGUCGGUGGUGGAGGGAUUGUGCCAUCCCCAUUACCUUCGAUGCGGUUGGGAAUCAGCGGCAUUUCUGGAGUUGGGGACGAUUUCUCCUCUUUUGGUUCGGGAAUGGGUUCUUGUCAAACACCGGGAACACAGUCGGAUUGCCGAAGUCGAUACCAACAUCUACUCUCUGGGCGAGCUUUAGCGGAAAGAUACAGGAGGAUUUAUUACACGGCUAUCAAUGACAAAGAACAAGGGAUAAACCAAGGAAGGGGAAAGAAAGCUUUAAACAAGAUGAAGCUGAAACGGCGGCAAAAGUUGAAGUCAAAAGUCAAAACGGGGACAAAGACAAAGAACCUUGAUGGGGUAUUCUGCAUGCCGGAAAUCAAGCUGCAUAGCAACCCAUCGGCGUUCAACGUGUACUGCAACGUGCGCCACUGCGUGCUGGAAUGGCAGCAGCGGGAGGCGUCCCUGGCCCUGGCCUCCAGGAGCUCUGUGCAGAGUGGCGACUCGGACAGCGAGGAGGAGGAGUUCCGUGAGCCUGCCAUCAAGCUUCCCAAGAUUAUUGGCAUUGGUCUGUGUGGGGUGUUUGAGCUGAUCAAGGAGACUCUGUUCUCCCACCCCUCGCUGUGCCUGCGCAGCCUACAGGCCCUGCUGGACAUGCUGCAGGGACAACAACCAGAGGGCUUCCAAACCGAACCUCCUGAUGUACUGGAGUCUUUGUUUCACCUGCUGCUGGAGACAACGGUGCACAGCACAGGGAUGAAUGACCCCACGGGGCAGGCCCUCACCGCCCUCUCCUGCGCCUGCCUCUUCAGCCUUGUGGUGUCCUGGGGAGACACGGGCAAGACCCUGCAGGCCGUCUCCGCCAUCCUCACCAACAACGGCAGUCACACCUGCCAAACUAUCCAGGUGCCGACCAUUCUGAACGCGCUACAGAGGAGCGUGCAGGCCGUGCUGGUGGGCAAGAUCCAGAUCCAAGAUUGGUUCGGCAACGGCAUCAAGCGGGCGGCACUGAUGAACAAGUGGGUACUGAAGGAGGUGACCGUCAAUGAGGAUGAGCGCUGCCUGCUGCAGACCGACGGCUCUUUCCUCUACCUGCUCUGCAAGGAUGGCCUCUACAAAGUGGGCUCCGGCUACAGUGGCACCGUCAGGGGCCAUGUGUAUAAUUCCACAUCAUGCUUCAGGAAUUGGAUGGAGAAGAGAUCAUGGUUGGGCUUCGCUCAGGGCUGCCUGUUGUACCGGGAUAUGAGUAACAACCACAGUACAUCGGCCAUCAAGAUCGACCCAGAGACUCUGGAGCAUGAGGGAACCAUCACUAUGCCAGGCCUACAGACAGACGGCCAGAGCGUAGUCUUCACUGACGGAGAACACAUCAACCAAAUCACUGCCUGCAAAGACGAUGGGUUUGUGGUGCGGAUCUACGCAACCAGUACAGACCCAGCACUGCAGCAGGAGCUUCAGCUGAAACUGGCCAGGAAGUGUCUCCAUGCCUGCGGCAUCUCUCUGUUUGACCUGGAGAAAGACCUUCACAUCAUCAGUACAGGGUUUGACGAGGAGGCAGCAUUGCUGGGAGCAGGCAGGGAAUUUGCUUUGUUGAAAACUGCCUCAGGAAAGAUCUACUACACAGGGAAGUAUCAGAGCCUCGGCAUCAAGCAAGGUGGUCCAUCGGCAGGUAAAUGGGUGGAGCUGCCUGUCACCAAGUCCCCUAAAAUCAUCCAGUUCUCGGUGGGCCAUGACGGCUCACAUGCCCUGCUUGUGGCCGAGGAUGGCAGCGUGUUCUUCACCGGCUCUGCCAGCAAGGGAGAGGAUGGAGAGUCCACCAAAAGCCGGCGCCAACCGAAGCCCUACAAGCCCAAGAAGAUGAUGAAGCUGGAGACCAAGACGGCGGUGAACACAGCCUGCAACAACGGCAGCAGCGGCAUAGUCACCAAAGAUGGAGAGCUCUACAUGUUCGGCAAGGACGCCAUCUACAGCGACAGCACCUGCCAGGUGUCAGACCUGAAGGGUCACAUUGUAACCCAGGUAGCCAUGGGGAAGGCCCACACCUGUGUCCUGACUAAGAGUGGAGAGGUCUGGACGUUUGGGGUCAACAACAAGGGCCAGUGUGGCCGAGAAACAGGGGCCAUGAACCAGGCAGGGAAAGCAUUUGGCAUUGAGAGCAUGGCGACCGCCAUGGAUGAGGACCUGGAGGAUGAGCUGGAGGAGAAGGAGGAGAAGAGCAUGAUGUGCCAGUCGGGCAUGCACAAGUGGAAGCUGGACCAGUGCAUGGUGUGCACUGUGUGUGGAGACUGCACCGGCUACGGAGCUGGCUGUGUCAGCAGCGGACGGCCCGACAGAGUACCCGGAGGUAUCUGUGGCUGUGGUUCGGGGGAGUCUGGCUGCUCAGCGUGUGGCUGCUGUAAGGCCUGCGCCAGGGAGCUGAAUGGACAGGAGGCCAGACAGAGGGGCAUCUUUGACGCUGUUAAGGAGAUGAUACCACUAGACCUACUACUAGCUGUGCCUGUCCCUUCCCCACCAGGAGUCAACAUCCAGGAGCACAUCCAGAUCCGGCAGGAGGAGAAACGGCAGCGGAUCAACCGCCGACACCGGCUGGAGGAGGGACAAGACGGGAGCAGCGAGCGAGGGGAGAAGGACGCCAGUAAGAUCACCACUUACCCCCCGGGGGCGGUGCUUUUUGACUGCGAGAUGACAGCUGUGCAGGUUAGCUGCGGCCUCCACCAUUCAGUGGUGCUGUUGGAGAAUGGGGAUGUCUAUACAUUUGGCUACGGUCAGCAUGGCCAGCUUGGACACGGAGAUGUCAACUCAAGGGGAUCUCCCACACUGGUGCAGGCUCUCCCAGGUCCGAGUGUCCAGGUGACAGCUGGUAGUAACCACACGGCAGUGCUCCUCAUGGGCGGACAGGUCUUCACCUUCGGCAGCUUCUCGAAAGGGCAGCUGGGUCGGCCAAUCCUGGACAUGCCCUACUGGAACGCCAAGCCCUCCCCCAUGCCCAACAUUGGUGUCAAGUAUGGCCGCAAGGCCAUUUGGAUUGGGGCCAGCGGCGACCAGACCUUCCUGAGAAUAGACGAGGCCCUGAUCAACUCACACGUCCUGGCUACCUCCGAGAUCUUCGCUAGCAAAGACAUCAUCGGCUUAGUUCCCACCUCUGUAUCGGAGCCCCCUCCCUUUAAAUGCCUGCUCAUCAACAAGCUAGAUGGCAGCUGCCGCACCUUCAACGACUCCGAGCAGGAGGACCUGCAGGGCUUCGGCCUCUGUCUCGACCCCAUCUACAACGUCAUCUGGAGGUUUCAGCCGGCGUCAAAGGAGAUGUGUUGCUAUAACGCAGUUAUAGCAGAUGGCCGUGUGCCAUCGGCCACGGACCUAGAGGCCCGCUGCAGCAUCCUCAGCCCAGAGCUGGCACUGCCCGAUGGAGCCCAUGCACGCACCACCCGCUCCCACGGAGCCCUGCACAUACUAGGUUGCCUGGAUACGCUGGCGGCCAUGCAAGAGCUGAAGAUGGGCAUGGCCAGCACAGAGGAGGAGACUCAGGCUGUUAUGAAGGUCUACUCCAAGGAGGACUACAGCGUGGUCAACCGCUUCGAGAGUCACGGGGGCGGCUGGGGUUACUCUGCCCACUCGGUGGAGGCCAUCCGCUUCUGUUCUGAUGUGGACAUCCUACUGGGGGGACUGGGCCUGUUCGGGGGCCGUGGGGAGUACACCGCAAAGCUCAAGUUGUUAGAGCUGGGGCCUGAUGGUGGAGACCAUGAGACGGAUGGGGACCUCCUGGCUGAGACUGACGUCCUGGCCUAUGACUGCGCUGCCAGGGAGAAGUACGCCAUGAUGUUUGACGAACCGGUGCUGCUGCAGCUGGGCUGGUGGUACGUGGCAUGGGCCCAGGUGUCUGGGCCCAGCUCAGACUGUGGCUCCCACGGACAGGCCACCAUCACCACAGAUGACAGUGUGGUCUUUCAGUUCAAGAGCUCCAAGAAGUCAAACAACGGUACCGAUGUGAACGCAGGUCAAAUACCUCACCUCUUGUACAGGCUUCCGUCGAACGAUGGCAUCGUAGCCAAAGGGAAACAGCAGACCAGUGAGCCGGUUCACAUCCUCAAACGCUCCUUCGCCAGGACCGUUUCAGUGGAGUGUUUUGAGUCCCUGCUGAGGAUCCUCCACUGGAGCUGGACCACCCUGGUGCUGGGGGUGGAGGAGCUGAGGGCCCUGAAAGGCUUCCAGUACACAGCCACCCUGCUGGACCUGGAGCGCCUGCGCUUUGUAGGGACCUGCUGCCUGCGCUUGCUCCGCGUCUACAUCUGUGAGAUCUUCCCCAUAUCUGCCAGCUCCAAGGCGGUGGUGGAAGAGUCCAGCAAGCUGGUGGAGUGGGUCGGCAACACCCGUAGCCUGCUCAAGAAGAUCCUCUCGGAGGGCAUGGACAACUGCCUGACCAAUCUGGACAACGACCCUCAGGGCUACCUCUCCCAGCCCCUCACCCUGCUGGAGGCUGUGCUGCAGGAGUGCCACAACACCUUUACCUCCUGCUUCCACACCUUCUACCCCAAGCCCGCUCUGCAGUGGGCCUGCCUCUGCGACUUGCUCAACUGCCUCGACCAGGACAUCACCGAGGCCAACUUCCUCACAUCGAGCAGCCGACUGUUGGCAGCGGUGAUGUCUGCGCUUUGCAAUACAUCAGUCAAGCUGUCAUCCAUCUUGCCCAUUGCGUACGACGGUGAAGUGAUGCUGCGCUCGCUGGUCAAACAGGUCAGCACGGAGAAUGACUCGGAGCUCACACACCGCUUCCCCCUGCUGGUGGAGCACAUGGAGAAACUCAGCCAUAGGGAGGAGAACCUGAUUGGGAUGGCCAGUUUCCGGGAGGUUCUUGAGAAGAUGCUGGUGAUCGUGGUGCUACCGGUGAGGAAAAGCCUGAGGAAGGAGGUGGAGGUCUUCUCCCCCCACCUGGUCUCCAACACCUGUGGCCUGCUGGCCAGCAUCGUCUCUGAGCUCACCGCCUCUGCCCUGGGCUCCGAGGUGGACGGUCUGAACUCUCUUCACUCUGUGAAGUCCACUCCCAACCGCUUCACCAAGACGAGCCAGGCCCGCAGCUGGAACACAGGCAACGGCUCUCCAGAUGCCAUCUGUCUGACAGUGGACAAGCCUGGUGUGGUGCUGGUGGGCUUUUGUGUCUACGGCGGCGGAGGCAUCCAUGAGUACGAGUUGGAGGUGCUGGCUGAUGAUGCCCAGACGGAGCACCCUGGGGAUUCGGUCCACACCCACAGGUGGACGUCUCUGGAGCUGGUCAAAGGAACCUACAGCACUGAUGACUCUCCCAGCGACAUUGCCGAGAUACGCCUCGACAAGGCCGUGCCACUGAAGGAGGGUGUGAAAUAUGCUGUCCGCCUGCGUAACUAUGGCAGCCGAACGGCCAAUGGGGAUGGAGGGAUGACCACGGUUCAGUGUUCCGAUGGCUUGUCCUUUACCUUCCGAACCUGUAGCCUGAGCAGCAACGGGACAAACCAGACUAGAGGACAAAUACCACAGAUGCUGUACUACAGGAGUGAGUAUGACGGAGAUCUGCAGUCCCAGCUGCUGAACAAAGCCAAUGAGGAGGACAAGAACUGCAGCAGGGCUCUCGCAGUGGUCAGUGCAGUGGUCAGAGCUGCCAAGGAUCUCCUUCACAGGACGUUCACUGUCGAUGCAGAGGACAUCCCUGAGCUGCUGAGCUCUUCCAGCCUGUUCUCCAUGCUGCUCCCCCUCAUCCUGGCCUACAUCAGCCCUGUGGCUGCCUCAGUACCCAAGGCCGCAGUGGAAGUCUUUGGUCUGGUCCAGGAGUUACUUCCUGCUGUCUCCGCUUUGAACCAGAAGUAUGCCCCACUGGCUUUCAACCCCAACCAAUCAACAGACAGCACCACGGGCAACCAGCUGGAGCAGGGCCUAUCGGCAUGCACCACCUCCAGUCACUAUGCUAUAAUAGAGAGUGACCACCCUUACAAGCAGGCCGGAGUCACACAGUAUAUGGUGUCAUUCCCGGACUGCGUGCGGUGGACCACCAUCGAGUUUGACCCCCAGUGUGGCACAGCCCAGCCAGAGGAUGUCCUUCGCCUGCUCAUCCCCAGCCAUUCGCUCCACCUGUCCAGCCUGAGCACCAAGCCCCUGGCCCACGACACCAGCAACACCUGGGUGGAGCUCAAGAAGAUCUCUGGCUCCAAUGGCUGGCCUACCACUGUCCUAGUGCUGCCAGGAAACGAGGCCCUGUUCUCCUUAGAAACUGCCUCUGACUACGUAAAAGACGAGAAGGCCUGUUUCUACGGCUUCAAGUGUGUUGCCGUGGGUUACGAAUUCAACCCCGGACCAGAUGAGGGUAUUAUCCAGCUGGAGAAGGAGCUGGCAUACUUGGGCAGUGUGUGUGCUGCUGCUCUGAUGAAGAAGGAUCUGGCUCUUGGGAAUGAACUUGAAGAAGACCUUGAGAUUCUUGAAGAGGCCUCUCUCCAGGUGUGUAAGGCCCACUCAGGUAUCCUGGGCAAGGGUCUGGCCUUGUCCCACUCCCCCACAAUCCUGGAGGCUCUGGAGGGCAACCUGCCCCUGCACCUGCAGACCAACGAGCACUCCUUCCUGGAGGACUUCAUUACCUGUGUGCAGAACUCCAGCGGAGGACGCCUGGCCAGGUGGCUGCAACCGGACUCCUACGCGGACCCCGAGAAGACGUCUCUGAUCCUGAACAAGGACCACAUCUGCUGCGGCUGGCCCACCACAGUGGCCGUCCAGACCAAAGACCAGUACGGAGACGUGGUGCAUGUGCCCAACAUGAAGGUGGAGGUGAAGGCGGUGCCCGUCUCCCAGAAGAAGUCCAUGCAGCAGGAGUGCAUGAGGAAGAUGCAGCGUCUCCCAGGCAGCAACAACCCCUCCUCCUCGAGCACUCCUGACCUGACCUUCGGGGGCCUGCCCAUGCCCAAGCUGGAUGCCACUUACGAGCCCAUGAUCGUCAAGGAGGCUCGCUACAUCGCCAUCACAAUGAUGAAGGCCUAUGAGAACUACUCAUUCGAGGAGCUUCGCUUUGCUUCGCCCUCUCCAAAGAGGCCCAGUGAGAACAUGUUGAUCUGGGCCAACACAGACGGGACCUACAGCGCCAACUGGACCCCCGGGGCUGUGGGCCUCUAUACCAUCCACGUCACCAUCGACAGCAUCGAGAUCGGUAAACCAGACCAGGAUGCUGGUAUGGAGGUGGAGGUGAAAGACCCUCCUAAAGGCAUGAUCCCACCUGGCACACAGAUGGUUAAACCCAAGGCCGAGCCCCAACCUAGCAAGGUCCGCAAAUUUGUGUCCAAGGACAGUGCAGGCCUCCGCGUGCGUAGUCACCCCUCCCUGCAGAGCGAACAGAUAGGUGUAGUGCAAGUCAAUGGCACCAUCACCUUCAUUGAUGAGAUCCACAAUGAUGAUGGUGUUUGGCUCAGGCUGAAUGACGAGACAGUAAAGAAGUAUGUGCCCAACAUGAAUAGGUACACGGAAGCCUGGUGCCUCUCAUUUAACCAGCACAUGGGCAGGAGCCUGCUGGUCCCUGCCGACGAGGCCAGAGGCCAAUUGGAGCAGUGUAUUGAGGUGAGCGCCAGCGGCCGCCCCUCCCAAGAGGCCCCCUCCAUGCGGGAGCAGGACAGGGUGAGGCAGGGUGGCAGCGGCCCUGGCCUAUAUAAGGUAGUGAAGACGGGCCCCUCGGGUCACAACAUCAGAAGCUGCCCAAACCUUAGGGGUAUCCACAUUGGAAUGUUAGUACUUGGGAACAAGGUCAAGGCAGUAGGCGAGGUGAUCAAUACAGAGGGGACGUGGGUGCAGCUGGACAAGAAUAGCGUGGUGGAGUUCUACGAGAGCAACAAAGGAGAGGCCUGGUCUCUGGCCCGAGACCCUGGGGGAAACCAGUACCUACGCCAAGGGGAAGAACAAACCCUUCUAGAGCAUGGGGCCCAGACCCCCCCAACUAGCCCCUUUUCUGUCCAGGCCUUCAACAGUGCUGCUGGAGCCAUUGGGGCCAACGGGACACAGGGCUUCAACUAUGGCAUUUCAAACAACAAAGCCUCUAAACAUCGACAGAAAAGCCACUCCCCAAAACAGGAGGGUGGACGCUCCUCGGACAACUCCAAAAGCAAAGACCUGUCGGCCAGCGAGGCACUGAUCCUGAGGUCAGACACGGCCAAGCUGCGGUCAGACUCUCAUAGCCGCUCUCACUCGCCCAACCAUAACACCCUGCAGGCGCGGAAGGCCGAAGUGCGUGAUCGUGACUCCACCGGGCUGCGCCCCGAAUCGCCCAACCCAGGCUCCCGCUCCUCUUCGCUCAAGCAGAAGGGCCUGUCCUCCUCCUCGGGGAAGUAUAGCCCCUCUAUCACCUCCUUGGUGUGGUCCUCCUCCCCCCAGCAUGACCAGAACCUCCCUCCCAAAGUCAGCCCCUCCACGGCUCUGCUGGACCCGCCCAGAGAGAGAUCCAAGUCGGACUCGUACACAUUGGACCCGGACACCCUACGGAAAAAGGUCCCUCUCGCCUCGGAGCCACUGAGGGGAAGGUCCACCUCGCCUAAACCCAAACUAUCUCCCAAGGACAGGUGCAGCAAAGGAGGUGACAUGAACAUGGAGAACCGCAGCCCAUCACCCCAUGUGACCCAGGAGGACCUCCACAGGGAGGUGGUGAUGUGUACGUCUAUUGGUCUUCUUUCCGAUGAUGAAGGAAAUGAUGAGAACAUUGACGUGAGCAACACAGAGGAGGGCUCUUCCAAGGUGCACUUCAGCAUCUGCAAGGUGCCCAUCAAGGAUGAGCUGGAGGGCAGUCGCUCGUCGGCAAAAGUCAGCCGCAAGACCUCCAGCCGCCACGUGCGCCCCAAGAAGGACAAGUCUGGCCCGCUCUUCAAGGGCGAGAGCUCAUCAGGGCUCACCGAGACCACCAAGCAGGCUAUGUCGCCCUCGGUGGCAGAGUGCGCCCGGUCGGUCUUCGCCGCGUUCCUCUGGCACGAGGGCAUUGUCCACGACGCCAUGGCCUGCUCCUCGUUCCUCAAGUUCAACCCGGAGCUGACCAAGGAGCACGCACCCAUCCGCAGCUCGCUGGGUGGCCAGGGCGGCCAAGAGGAGAAGGAGAGCAAGCUGAUGAACCGCCACUCGCUGGAGAUAUCUUCGGCCCUCAAUAUGUUCAACAUUGCCCCACACGGGCCCGACAUCUCCAAGAUGGGCAGCAUCAACAAGAACAAGGUCCUGUCCAUGCUCAAAGAGCCACCACUGACCGAGAAGUGCGAGGACGGCAAGGGGGAGCCCGUCUCCCAUGAGGUGACCACUCAUCCCUUCAUUAGGGCCAAGUCCAUCCUGCCGCUCACACUCCAGCACCUUGUUGCAUUCUGGGAGGACAUCUCCAUGGCGACCAUCAAGGCAGCCACCCAGAACAUGAUUUUCCCCAGCCCGGGCUCCAGCGCCAUCCUGAAGAAAAAGGAGAACGAGAAGGACACUAAGAAGUCCAAGAAGAAGAAAAGAGAUCAGGCGGAGGUGCGCCCCAGGGGGAACCUGUUUGGGGAGAUGGCCCAGCUGGCCAUCGGGGGACCAGAGAAGGACACCAUCUGUGAGCUGUGUGGGGAGUCGCACGCCUACCCUGUCACCUACCACAUGAGGCAGGCCCACCCAGGUUGUGGUCGCUACGCGGGAGGCCAGGGCUACAACAGUAUCGGCCACUUCUGUGGGGGCUGGGCAGGAAACUGUGGAGACGGAGGGAUCGGUGGAAGUACCUGGUACCUGGUGUGUGACCGCUGCAGGGAGAAGUACCUGAGAGACAAGCAGACUGCUGCCAGGGAAAAGGUGAAGCAGUCGAGGAAGAAGCCCCUGCAGUUGAAGAUGCCGCGGGCACUGCCCACCAUGGAGGCCCACCAGGUGAUCCGUGCCAACGCCCUUUUCCUGCUUUCCCUAAGCAGCGCCGCCAAGCCCAGCCUGCUGUGCCACCACCUGCCGCGCCCGCUUCACUCCCUGCUGCCCAGCCUCAAGGAGGGCGUCUCCAACGAGAAGCCCAACAAGAUGGGCUGCCUCUACCUGCAGAUGCUGGCCAGGCAACACACAGAGAACUUUGGUGGGUACCAGGAUGACAACCUGUUUCAGGAUGAGAUGAGGUACCUACAUUCCACGUCUGUCCCUGCACCCUACAUCUCAGUCACCCCCGACGCCUACCCCAACGUGUUCGUGGAGCCCGAGAGCAACAUGAAGUCAAUGCCACCCAGUCUGGAGACCAGCCCAAUCACAGAUAGUGACUUGUCCAAGAGGACGGUGUUCCAGAGGUCUUACUCUGUAGUGGCCUCUGAGUAUGACAAGAAGCACUUGGCCUCUCCGGCUAGGGUCAAAGCCGUGCCCAGACGGGGAGUCCACAGUGGGGAUGCAGAUGUGGGCUCUUCUCUGUUGCGCCACCCCUCCCCGGAACUGUCCCGUCUCAUCUCGGCCCACGGAUCCCUCAGUAAGGGCGAGAGGAACUUCCAGUGGCCUGUCCUGGCCUUCGUCAUCCAGCACCAUGACCUGGAGGGUUUGGAGGUGGCCAUGAAGCACGCCCUGCGCAAGUCCGCCUGCAGGGUCUUCGCCAUGGAGGCGUUCAACUGGCUGCUGUGUAACGUGAUCCAGACCACCUCGCUGCACGACAUCCUGUGGCACUUUGUUGCCUCCCUCACCCCGUCACCCUUUGAACCCAAGGAAGAGGAGGAGGAAGAAAACAAAGCCCCCGGGAACAAGAAAAUGGUGAUGGAGCAGGAGAGAGACCUGGCUGUGUGUGAGCACCCGCUGUCUGACAUUGUGAUUGCCGGGGAGGCCGCCCACCCCCUCCCCCACACCUUCCACCGCCUCCUCCAGACCAUCUCCGACCUCAUGAUGUCACUUCCUAGUGGCAGCUCCCUGCAGCAGAUGGCCCUCAGGUGUUGGAGUUUGAAGUUCAAGCAGUCUGACCACCAGUUCCUGCACCAGAGCAAUGUGUUCCACCACAUCAACAACAUCCUGUCCAAGUCAGAUGACGGCGACAGCGAGGAGAGCUUCAACAUCAGUGUGCAGUCUGGCUACGAGGCCAUGAGCCAAGAGCUGUGCCUGGUGACCUGUCUGAAGGACCUUACCAGUGUGGUCGACAUCAAGACGUCCAGCCGUUCGGCCAUGAUCGGCAGCCUGACGGAUGGCUCAACUGAGACCUUUUGGGAGUCGGGCGAUGAGGACAAGAACAAGACCAAGUGCAUUACCAUCAGCUGCGUCAAAGGCAUCAAUGCCUCUAACAUCACUGUGCACGUGGACAACUCCCGUGACAUUGGGAACAAAGUCACCUCCAUGACGUUCCUGUGUGGCAAGGCCGGGGAGGACCUCUGCAGAAUCAAACAGAUGGACCUUGAUUUGCGUCACAUGGGCUGGGUGACCAGCGAGGUUCCUAGGGGAGACCACCAUGUGAUCAAGGUGGAGCUGAAGGGGCCCGAGAACACGCUGCGGGUGCGCCAGGUCAAGGUGCUGGGCUGGAAGGCUGGCGAGAGCAUCAAGAUCGCAGGGCAGAUCUCGGCCAGCGUGGCCCAGCAGAAGAACUGCGAGGCCGAGACACUCCGUGUUUUCCGCCUCAUCACCUCACAGGUAUUUGGGAAGCUAAUCUGCGGAGAUGCUGAGCCAACCCCUGAACAGGAGGAGAAGAACCUGCUGUCAUCACCAGAGGGGGAGGACAAGGCGCCGUCAGACGCAGACCUGAAGGAACACAUGGUGGGCAUCAUUUUCAGCCGGAGCAAGCUGACCAACCUGCAGAAACAGGUGUGUGCCCACAUCGUCCAGGCCAUCCGCAUGGAGGCGACCCGGGUGCGCGAGGAGUGGGAGCAUGCCAUCUCCAGCAAGGAAAACGCCAACUCGCAGCCCAGCGAUGACGACGCCUCCUCGGACACCUCCUCGGACGCCUACUGCUUCGAGCUGCUCUCCAUGGUGCUGGCACUGAGCGGCUCCAACGUGGGCCGCCAGUACCUGGCCCAGCAGCUGACACUGAUGCAGGACCUGUUCUCGCUGCUGCACACGGCCUCGCCCCGUAUCCAGAGACAGGUGACCUCUCUCCUCCGUCGUGUCCUCCCAGAGGUGACACCCGUGCGCCUGGCCAGCAUCAUCGGCAUCAAGGCCCUGCCGCCUGCCGAUAUCAGUGACAUCAUCCACUCGACCGAGAAGGGUGACUGGAACAAGCUUGGCAUCCUGGACAUGUUCCUGGGCUGCAUUGCCAAGGCACUCACCGUGCAACUCAAGGCCAAGGGAACCACCAUUGCCCGCACGGCGGGCAUGGCGGCAGGCAAAGGCAUCACUACUGUCACGCUGCCCUUGAUCUUCAACUCCAGCUACAUUCGCCGGGGGGAGAGCCAUUGGUGGAUGAAGGGAUCCACUCCCCCUCAGAUCGCUGAGAUCAUCAUCAAGCUGGUCAAAGACAUGGCUGCCGGACACCUGUCGGACGCCUGGUCUCGGGUGACGAAGAACGCCAUCGCUGAGACCAUCAUCGCCCUCACCAAGAUGGAGGAGGAGCAUCGCUCGCCAGUCCGUUGCAUCGCCACCACCCGGUUGUGGCUUGCUCUGGCCUCUCUGUGUGUGCUGGACCAGGAUCAUGUGGACAGGCUGUCCUCAGGCCGCUGGAUGGGCAAAGACGGACAGCAGAGACAGAUGCCCAUGUGUGAUAACCAUGAUGACGGCGAGACAGCAGCCAUCAUCCUGUGUAACAUGUGUGGUAACCUGUGUACCGACUGUGACCGCUUCCUCCACCUGCACCGACGCACUCGCUCCCAUCAGAGACAGGUGUUUAAGGAGGAGGAGGAGGCAAUCAAGGUGGACCUCCACGAGGGCUGUGGGAGGACAAAGCUCUUCUGGCUUAUGGCUCUGGCCGACUCCAAGACCAUGAAGGCCAUGGUGGAGUUCAGGGAACACACAGGGAAACCAGCCUCCAGCAGCUCAGAUGCCUGCAGGUUUUGUGGCACCAGGAACGGCACCGAGCUCUCGGCUGUGGGCAGUGUCUGCUCUGACCCAGACUGCCAGGAGUAUGCCAAGCUGGCGUGCAGUAAGACCCAAGCAUGCGGCCACCUCUGUGGCGGGGUGAGGAAUGAGAAGAGCUGCCUGCCCUGUCUGCACGGCUGCAACAAGAGCGCAGGCUGCCUGAAACAGGACGCAGACGACAUGUGCAUGAUCUGCUUCACUGAGGCACUCUCUGCCGCUCCCGCUGUCCAGCUGGACUGCAGUCAUGUGUUCCACCUCCAGUGUACCCGUCGUGUUCUGGAGAACCGCUGGCUCGGGCCCAGGAUCACCUUCGGCUUCAUGUCCUGCCCCAUUUGCAAGAACAAGAUCAACCACUCGGUCAUCAAGGACCUGCUGGACCCUAUCAAGGAGCUGUUUGAGGACGUACGGAGGAAGGCUCUGAUGAGGAUGGAGUACGAGGGGCUGCACAAGAGUGAGGCCAUCACCACGCCUGGUGCCCGUUUCCACAACGACCCGGCCGGCUUCGCAAUGAAUCGAUACGCCUACUACGUCUGCUACAAGUGCCAAAAGGCGUACUUUGGGGGAGAGGCGCGCUGUGACGCGGAGGCAGGACAGGGAGACGACUACGACCCCAGCGAGUUGAUCUGUGGAGCAUGCUCAGAUGUGUCCAGGGCACAGAUGUGUUCCAAGCAUGGGACAGACUUUCUGGAGUACAAAUGCCGGUACUGCUGCUCGGUGGCUGUCUUUUUCUGCUUCGGCACCACUCACUUCUGUAACGCCUGCCACGAUGACUUCCAGAGGAUGACCAGCGUGCCCAAGGAGGAGCUGCCUCACUGUCCUGCAGGUCCAAAAGGCAAGCAGUUGGAGGGGACAGAUUGCCCCUUACACGUGGUUCACCCACCUACCGGCGAGGAGUUUGCCCUGGGCUGUGGAGUGUGCAGGAAUGCCCAUAGCUUCUAAAAACACCCAGGUCUGAAAACUGAGAGACACGUACCGAACACUCCUCCUACUGGGACUGCAGGAUGUUGGCUGCAGCCUGAGCCCAGCCUGUCAAGUAUCUCCUCGUGUUGGCUUUCAUGUUGUCAGAUGGCCCUGGACACUGGAUCCGGCUUUCUACCGUACCCAAGAGUCCCAAGUUGUGCUCUUCGACCUACCAACCAGAGUCUUUGAGGCUACUAAAAAACACACAGAGUUGAGGCUCUAUGUGCAUUCCAGAGGAAACUCUAAUAUAUAAUAAUUAAACUUGUGACCUGUUUCCAUGUGGCCGUUGUGACCCCUUGGCUUCCAUAGAAGUUGACCAGAGUCUUCGAGGCUACUACAAAACACACAGAGAGUUGAGGCUCUAUGUGCAUUCCAGAGGAAACUCUAAUAUAUAAUAAUUAAACUUGUGACCUGUUUGCAUGUGGCCGUUGUGACCCCUUGGCUUCCAUAGAGGUUGACCAGAGUCUUCGAGGCUACUACAAAACACACAGAGUUGAGACUCUAUGUGCAUUCCAGAGGAAACUCUAAUAUAUAAUAAUUAAACUUGUGACCUGUUUGCAUGUGGCUGUUGUGACCCCUUGGCUUCCAUAGAAGUUGCACACCGAUCACUGAAGUGUAACAAUGUAUUGAAUAUUGUUUUUUUUUCUUAAGGCAAUUAGGAUGAACAUGGGAUAUAUACAAUGAAAAAAUAUGAGACGGGUUGUAUUUCCAGCUUCCUAACAAUGAAAUCAAAAUAUUGUUGUAUGUAAACAGAUUUUUUUUUGUAAUCCUGUACAUUUAUUCUCUCCACUGUCGAGUGCAUCAUGGGUUAACAGACAAAAAGGUGGUGAAAAAGACUUAAGAAUAGGUUUAGGAGGAAAAUAGUGUGCAAUUGAUCUAAUCUUGUAUAUAAUGAUGUUUUCUGAAGUUGCUGCUCUACACUUCAAUUGUGUUUGAUAUUCUGGUUUAUGUUUUGAGCCAGAACUUUUAAUGAAGUGCAAUAAUGGGUGUGCCUCCUAUCUUGCAGCAGUUUAUCCUAUGGAAUGUAUGUCGAUAAAAGCCACUGUACAUUUUUAUAUGGCGAUAAACAGUCGUAUUCCUCCAACUCAAAAUGUCAGAUCACUUCUGUUUUCUGAAAAUGAUGAGGAGCCCAGCGUCUGCAGUGUAUGAAGGUUGAUUGAUGUGAACACUUUUUUCUGCUCCACAAUCAGAAAAAUUACGGUGCGGUACAAACCCUUUUUUCUGUGUUUUCUUUUAACGACUCAGAAGUUGACUAUGCUGUAGGCUACCGUUCUAUUGUAAAUGUGCGGUAAGUCUUCAGAACCAAAUAAUAAAAAUAAUUGUGAAUAUCCGUGAUGCUUUUCCAUCAGUAGGAGGCAGGGGGGACAUGGGGGUCUGAGAAAAAACAAACGGCUGUUGUUAUAAAAGCUUAUUACUUGUAAUAUCUGUGGUGAAUGGAUUUGAAUGGAAAUAAACCAGGUUCUCUGUUUCGCAAGGUA